AGGCGAUCGUUGCAACUUACGAUACGAAUCCCACGUGAGUCGGUUUCAUUCAAUCUCGUUGUCAUUCACUGUGGCUGAAAAUUUACGAAAUUUAGAUUCUCACUCUUGGAGUGCCGUAUUUUCACGUUUUAAUGGUAGUAUCGUUGAAUUUUCGCACAGUUUACAUGUCAGCAACUGAUUGUGUCUACGUUCUCUGUGACUCGUGAGUCCGUGUCCUCUUACGUUUUGCCGCUGUCCUAUCAAUUUUUCGAAGCCUUCACUAUUCCUUUGCUUACUUGCGUUGCCGUUAUUCAAGAGGAUGAAGUACAUUCUAGUAACUGGAGGUGUCAUCAGUGGUGUGGGCAAAGGAGUGGUAGCCAGUUCUUUCGGUACGAUUCUGAAGUCCUGCGGUAUCCAUGUAACUGCCAUCAAGAUUGACCCCUACAUCAACAUUGAUGCUGGUACCUUCUCUCCGUAUGAGCAUGGUGAAGUCUAUGUCCUAGACGAUGGAGGAGAGGUCGACUUAGAUUUAGGAAACUACGAACGUUUCUUGGACAUUACCUUAGAUAAAGACAACAGCAUAACGACAGGAAAAAUCUAUCAGCAAGUAAUCAAUCGAGAAAGAAAAGGAGAAUAUCUCGGGAAAACUGUUCAAGUUGUGCCGCAUAUAACGAACGCCAUCAUUGAAUGGGUCGAAAAAGUUGCUUCACGACCGGUCAAGAACAGUUGGGAUGAUGACUCACCUGGUUCCAUACCUGAAGUUUGCAUCGUAGAGUUAGGAGGGACAGUGGGUGACAUAGAAGGUAGACCUUUCACUGAAGCUUUUCGCCCCUUCUCACGCAAGAAUCAUGAUAGUUUUUGCGUCGCCCAUGUGUCUUAUGUUCCACAACCUCACGCCACGAUGGAGCAGAAAACAAGACCCACUCGCCAGAGCGUCAAGGAGCUUCAAGAUUGUGGUCUGUUGCCUGAUUUGCUUGUGUGCCGAAGUGAGCAACCCAUUCCGCAGCCUGUGAAAGAAAAAAUAUCUGAUUUCUGCAAUGUUGGCAUAGAUGAGGUUGUCUGCUUGCAUGAUCAAAGUUCUAUCUACUACGUUCCCUUAAUGAUGGAAAAACAGGGUCUGGUCCAGUAUUUUCAUAAACGGCUCGGCUUGACUUUCAAUUUACCUCCUCCCAGAAAUUUCAUGCAGAAUUGGCACACUCUGGUUGAAAAAUUAGAAACAGUGCGUCAGGAAUUGAAGAUAGCUCUGGUCGGGAAGUACAUUAAGUUGCACGAUGCUUACUCAUCUGUAAUUAAAGCUUUGGAGCACGCUGCGCUGGCUGCUAACUAUAAAAUUAGUAUUCAGUUUGUUGAUGCAGAAAAUCUAGAACGUACGAUGGAAAAAUCAAAUCCAGACUUAUACCAUGCAAGCUGGUUGAAACUGUGCAAAAGCGACGGAGUCAUUGUUCCUGGCGGUUUUGGUAAGCGAGGAAUGGAGGGAAAAAUAGAGACCUGCAAAUGGUGCAGAACCGCAAAAAAGCCGUUCCUAGGAAUUUGCCUUGGCAUGCAUGCAGCUGUGAUUGAAUUCUCUAGAAACAUGUUAGGUUUAGCGGGUGCAAGUUCUACCGAAAUGGAUCCAAGAACUAUCCAUCCUGUGAUUUCAGACAUGCCCGGACACACUAACGUUGAUUUGGGUGGAACCAUGAGGUUGGGCAAAAUGAAAACAGUCUUCUCCAGCAACCAUCCAGAUUCAAUCAUGUUGAAACUUUAUGGAAGCAAAGAGUCUAUCAAAGAAAGGCACAGGCAUAGGUACGAAGUCAAUCCAGAUUAUAUAAAAAAACUCGAGGCAAAUGGAUUGAAGUUUGUCGGAACUGACGAAGCCCUAGAACGCAUGGAAAUUAUGGAGCUUGACAGCAAGGUACACCCAUAUUAUGUUGCGACGCAAUUUCAUCCCGAGUACCUCAGUCGGCCUAUGAAGUCAUCGCCGCCUUUCCUUGGUUUGAUUCUCGCUGCCGGUGGGAAAUUAAACAGUUAUCUCAAUGAAGGGUGUACGCUAUCAUUUACCGACACAACAUUUGGAGAGUCUCAAGUAUCCUCCACUACCUCCGCAGGCAGCGAGAGUAGCCCUUCGUUGCAUGUCAUGUCUCAGCCUUCAGCUUCAGAAAAAGUUACAAGUUCCCUAUCCGAUCUUCACAUCCCGAUCUAGAGGUACAGAACCUAAUUUUAGUUUUUAAUACCUUGUGCGCCUGUUGUCCUGCUUGUGCCAGCAGCGUGUUUUGUGAUAUUUAUACUUAUCUUUUGUUUUGUUUAUUCGACUUUGCCGGUGCAAAAAGAUGUUGCGACUCUAGCAGUUUGAUGAAACUGCCUCAUUUUUAUGUUUGUUUUUUUUAACAAAAAUUUGUAUUUCCGGCUCCUCAGGUUUCUCAAAGGUUCCAAAAUCAAAUCUAAUCUCAUUUGACUGAUCACAACAAUGUUGAAUUGUAAGCCUCUCAGGGUAGUAAUGGAACAUUCAACGUUAUCCUAGGAUGGAUGUUAAGUUUGAUAUUGCGCAGGCCUUUGAUUAUUUAUAUUAGGCACUUAGGGUUUCCGAAAACUUGGAAAAUUAGGGAACUAGAAGUUGACAGGAAAUAGUUUUCGAAUUUUUGAAACUCAGGAAAAAUUUGGAAAUUGCCAAGGAUGCUGCCUUAGUCAGGUGAUUCCAGAUAUUAGUUGCUAACUGUCUAAAAAAAAAAGAAGAAGAAGAAGAAGAACUACAGUCUUCUCAUCUUGUGGGUAAAGUGUGUUUUUCUAACCUUCUUCAGAGGCAGUCAGACAAAACUUAAAAAAAAAAAAAAAAAAAAAAAAAAAAAAACUUGGGCAAUUCUGGUCAUUUUGUAAACAUUUUUUCCUAUUUAUUGUACUUAUUCGUUUUAAUUUUACGGUUAAAGUUCUCUUUUUUGGAUGACGGAAACAGGUGAAUGUUCUAUCUCUUUCCUGCAUAUUAUUCGUUUGAUGCUGUACGAGAAAUAUUUUAGUAGCGUGAGAUUUACGAAAAAAGUACAUCAGGAUAUCAGUUUAACUGCUAAUUUUUUGUUUCUGGGUUUUCCGUCAACGUUUUACCUUCAGUAUUAGUACUCUUUACAAAGGAAAGAAAAUCUUAUGUAAGCUGGUAACUAUGAAAGAACUUUUAAUAGUAGAUACUUAGGAAAAUCUUGGUAAAAUGAUUCUAGAUGUUGUGCGAUUGCAAUCGAUGAGGUUUCCUUUCAUUACUGGCCGUAAAAUAUUGGCACUUCAUUUUUUCAGUCGUUCAUUUAAGUUAAUCUUACUUUGGUUGUUGAAAAUGAACAGAGAAGGAAGGCUACUAGCUGGGAAAAUUUUCCUUCAUUUAAUCAUUCACGAAUCCUAGAAGCAGAUGUGCCUUAAAAACUUCUCAUUUGAACAUUCAAGAACAAAACUGUGGAAUUCGCGAUGAAGUUCAAUCUCAAUUUGUGCCUCAGUUUUACUGUUUAUCCAUGACUCAGAAGUUUUCACACCAAAGAGAUUGAUUCAGAAUCGCCCUCUGCUCCUCUCAACCUGAAAGCGAAGGCCAAGAGUGUUCUAAUGCUUUUUCUCAAAGAUAAUUCUCCAGUUUACAUCAACCAAAUCACAGAUCUCUCCAAUUAGUGUAGCAUCAGAACAUCAAAUCGUCAACCAUUCAAAAUCAUCAAAAAUUGAUCUGCGGAAGCUACAAACUCAUGCAAAAACUUCCUCCAUUUCAUGUCUUGGUGAUUCAUAGAUAAGUUACCUAGUUGAUAAUAUAACAUAUAUCUAAUUGUAAUAAACAUUUUCAUGUUUAGCAAACUACCUAAUUAAAUUGACAAUUUAUUUUA